AUGUCUCUUUCACAGAACAGUCCCCUUGUCCAUCGCCAGCUCAUCCCUGCAGAUAAAAUCACUGCUUCUUAUGACAAUGAGGCCAGCCUUCUUCUUCUCAAGGCAUCGGGUACUCACGCUAAUCUCGCCAGAGACAUUAAGUUCAAGCGUCUUCCUUUCGAUGGUGGUCUGCUCUUUGAGCUCCGAGCCUGGGUAGGCCCCAUCGUCCAAGGAGAAUCUCCUUAUGAGAUCACGGACAGCUUCAAUAUUGAGCUUCCCAGCCGCGUCUUCCCUUCCAACACUGUUGUUGUCAACACUGAGAACAAGCAGCAUUGGAUUGUCCCCAUCGAGUACAACAAGCCAGUUCAGCAGUCUGCCACCAACGGCAAGGUGCAGCCUGAGGUACCCGAGAUAAAGCAAUUCGCAGCAAGCAACAAAAUUGUCGUCGUUGCUGACAGACCCUUUACUCUUCAGCAGAAGGACUCUUUCGAAGGAAAGGGUGGGUCGAUCAAUAUCGAUUUCGACAAGACAUACAGCAGUUUGGAUAAUGCUGUUAUUCUCGAUGGCAAGAUCGAAUGGACUUUUAUCGCUCAGCAGACAGGCGUCACCGAAGUCACUGUGUAUGUCGGCCAGACUAGUCCCCCAUUUGUGUAUCGGGUUCGAUACGAAGUGGAGAUCGUCCAGUCUGGUGAUAAUUCCGUUCAACCUCAUGCCAAUGUCUUUCUCUCCGUGAAACCCAGCGACCAGGGAAGUGAUUCCACCUACAGUACCACGUCCAACGGAAACGGAGUCAAGAAUGGCGCCGAGAAAGUUGGCAUUCCUCUCUCUUGGGAUGGCUUCAUAAACAUUGGUCUAAACCUCAUCAAGAAGCAGUACCCCAAGGCCAACCUGCUCGAAGUCGACGCCACCCCUUUAACUCGCAAGCCUGUCAAUAAUGAAUGGGGUCUUGUCAACAACCGCAUCGUCUGCGGUCUCAGUGACAAUAGGACGGCUAUCGUUCAAUCUACUGGAUGGGGCGAGUUCGGAAAGGUCCAGACCAUUAAGUCCCCUUUCCUAGGAGACCAGGUUAUUUCUUGGCCUGUUUCCCUAGACAUUCAAGAUGCUUUCGCUAUACUUCGAAAGGCAGGCUACAAGGGAGGGGUAUAUGCUGUUACCCUCCGUCAGCCUCUCUAUCCUGGUGAUGAUCAGCCAUUCUACAUCUUCAAUGUUGGCAAUGAGUUCAUCGCGGUUGGUACUCAGGAUAAGAAGAUUCAUAACUUUGGUGUUUCCGAGUAUAGUGUCCAGAAGGCUUAG